AUGUCUUUGUUGGAUGUCGUGCAAACAAACCUGGAACACUUCCAUUUUUGGACGCAUGUCAAUAUCUUGGAUGAUUUUGUAAUUCAAGGAUAUCCCAAAGAGUCGCUUACAAAGAAUACGGCUCAAGACACUUUGGAGUUUGUCUAUCCUGCUCAUAUUAGCCAGAAUCUUUCUCUUAGUGACAUCGAAGGAAUAUUCAAUAGAAUUGACAGACUUUUAGGUGUACGUCCCAAGAGAAUUGUGAUCGGUGUUGUCACAGAUGAUGGGUCUGUGGUUUACUACUUUGCCCAUGAGGGACUGAUUAAACCUUCCAAAGUGUAG